AUGUCUAAUUAUAACAAAUCUAAAAUUAACAAAACCAUUAAUAAAAUGAAUCAAGUUGAACAAUCUUUGAGAUCUAAUCCUAAUGAAAUAACGGAACAAAAUUUAAAAAAUUUGGAACAAUCAAAAUUCACAAAACCAAUAAAGGAUUCAAAAUUUGUUGAAACAACAAAUAUAUCAUUAGUAUCUACUAAUUCAAGUUAUCAGAACAACCUAUUAAAUGAUGAAUAUAAUGAUGAAGAUGAUCAAGAACAAAUAAAUUCAAAUCUAAUAAUAGAUGAUAAUUCAUCAAUUGAUCAGCAAACAAAUACAAGUUUAUUUAUGAAUGAUCCAUUUUUAAGACCAUUAUCUCAAAAUUCUACUACUUCAUGUUUAUCAACUACUGCAACAAAAGAUGGUAUAGAAGGUAGAAGAUUAUAUCGAAAUAAUCAUUUAAAUCAAUAUACAACAAAUUUAAUUAAUAAUAAUAAUCAACAACAAUAUUUACAUCAACCUAUAUCAAAAUCUCAAUUAAGUCAACAACAAUUAGAAGAUAAUGAUUCAAUACUAGAUUAUAAUAAUCAAGAGAAAAGUAAUGAAGUAAUACCUGAUGAAAAUAAAUCUUAUGAUAGUAAUAAUGCAAGUAUAAUAAGUUUACAUCAAACCUCAAUUUAUCCAAAUAGUAUUAAUAGUAAUAGUAAUAGUAUUCAAAUAGAUGAUUAA